GCAGAAGAUUUGCUGCAGCUGUUUUACGACUUUAAUAGACUCUUUGAAGUUGAAAAUAUCGAAAUUUUGAAUGGUAUAGUCUCCGAUUAUACUUUAAUGACACUUGCCCUCUUAUAUGUGCAGGUUAAGGCUGCUUCGGGGUAUGCUGACCAGGCAGAGUUGCUCCUACGCCGGCUUCAUGAUACUCAAAAGGGCAUUAUUCGCACAGGCCAUCCUCAGAUAUUGAGGGCGUUGCACGUACUUGUGUCUUUGUGCAAAAAUCAAAGUCGCUUCCCUGAGACGGCAGCGCUUCAGGAGGAAAUAGUUGGAGUGAUGUCGAACCUAUAUGGCCGGGAGCACCCAGACACACUAGCAUGUACCUUUACUCUAGCCGCAACUUAUAUGGAUCAAUCGCGAUUCCAAGAAGCUGCACGACUCCAGAGUGAAGGUUUAAAGCUUCGUCAAGUGCGCCUUGGCCCAAAUCAUCCAGACACCGUUGAGUCUAGGGUCUGGCUUGCAUUUUCCAUGUUCAGACAAGGACACCCAGAGGGUUUCAAGAUGUUCGAACAUGCUUGUAUGCUUUAUGAGCGAAGACUUGGUACCCAUCACCCUAAAACUCUCCCUUGGCUGGGUCGACUUUCGAUCGCUUACGGCAAAGCUGGUCGUCUACCAGAAUUGCUUUCUCUUCAAAGACGCGUGUAUCAUGGUGCAAAGCGAGAGUUUGGAAUGAAGCAUCCAUCGACUUUACAUUGGAUGAGGGGAGUCAGCGAUACCUACGCACAACUUGGGAAGAUAAACGAUUCAAUUGACAUAUUGAACUCGUUAUUAGAACUUCAAAAAGAAACUUUUGGCGACGUAUCAGUGGAAGUCUUCAAUACGCUCGUUACCCUCGCGCAUUCAUAUAGUCAAGCAAGAGAGAAGGAGCUCUCUGAUAGUACCUUGCAGUCUGCAAGAGUCAUAUUCGCAGAAAUUUCGGACAAAAUGGAAAAUGACAUGCUUUUCAAAUUGAGUAUGACGCUAUUUAGUCUAUUGGACUGUGACCAAAGGGAAAAUGAAGGAAUUGACAGGAAGAUUGCCAUUGAAGCUGCCAAGUAUCAAGAGCUCUUGGAACAGCACUAUGCAAGAAAUGUGAAUAAUCAACUAGGUAGCUAG